UGCCUCACGCUGCCAGCGGCUCUUUACAAACAAGCCCACCUUCCACAAUUUCAAUGAAGACAAAAAAAUUGACGCGAUUCAAAUUUUCCUCCAGUACCACAGCGAACCUCCUCACGACCACUUCUAAGUCUUCACUUCCAACCAACAAGUGUUAAUUUAUGCAAUAAAUCCAAAUUAACAAAUUGAGCAACAAAAUUCACAUUGAAAUGAAAACUGGCCUGGUGUUUGUUGCAACAGUGGUGGCAUUUGCCAAAUCCCAGCUAUCCAUAGGUGUCACCCUGGAGAACCUUCUCCAAGAGGAAUGGAUGGCCUUCAAGCUGACGUACAAUAAGUCGUACGCCUCGCCCGAGGAGGAAAAUUUCAGGCGCGAGAUUUUCAUCGAAAAUCGCCACAAAAUCGCGCGCUUCAACCAGGAGUAUGGGCGCGGGCAGUGGUCUUUCGUCCAGCAGCUGAAUAAUUUUGCCGAUAUGCUGCAUCACGAAUUCCACAGGACGCUCAACGGUUUUAAUAGGACGUUGAGUGCAAGGGUUGGAAUACCACAGUCGAGCACUUUUAUACCGAGUGCCAAUGUGAUUUUUCCCGAUUAUGUGGAUUGGCGCGAAGUUGGUGCCGUUACGCCGGUGAAAAACCAAGGUUCUUGUGCCGGAUGCUGGGCCUUCAGUGCGGCGGGAGCUUUGGAAGGUCACAAUUUCCGAAAAACGGGCAGAUUAGUGGAACUAAGUCCCCAAAACCUUAUUGACUGUAGCACAAAUUACGGCAAUGAUGGAUGUUCUGGAGGACUGAUGAAUCCAGCAUACGAAUACGUCCGAACAAAUCCUGGAAUUGACACUGAAGAUUCGUAUCCUUAUGAAGCUCGAAACGGGCCUUGCAGAUUUCGUCCCGAGACAGUUGGUGCUUAUUGUACAGGUUACGUAGACAUCGCAGAAGGGGAUGAACAAGGCCUUGAAGCAGCGAUUGCAACUUUGGGGCCUGUUUCAGCGGCGAUGGACGCCGGUCGACAGUCCUUUCAGUUUUAUUCAGAUGGUAUCUAUUACGACCCACAGUGUGGUAACAGACCGGACGAUGUCAACCAUGCGGUGUUGGUGGUGGGAUAUGGGACGGAACCCAAUGGGCAAAAAUACUGGUUGGUUAAAAACUCGUAUGGGCCACAGUGGGGCAUCGGGGGCUAUGUCAAGCUGGCCAAAGAUGCGAACAACCACUGCGGGAUAGCCAUACAAGCUAGUUAUCCUCUUGUAUAGAAUAAUUUAAUAAAAUAUCUAGUUAAAA